AUGGCAGGUCCGUCGACCCCGAGAAGUCGGGAGGAUGCGAAGAAGAGGAAGAGAGAACAAAAUGAGAGGGAUGGUCAGGCGAAGCGUCUGCGCCAAAGGGGGAAGCAGAGCCCUGGAAAGCACCUGAAGAAUGGCCAGGCCGACGCAGGCGACCUUCGCGACAACGCUUUGAACGUAUUGUCGCAGCUCCAGAAGACUCUCACAGACGACCAAAUCGAAAGCCAGCUUGUCAAGCUUGGGAACACCGAGGCCCAGGAGGCAGGAUGGCAGGUUUCUCUGCCAAUGGGAGGUCGUAUGGCUGACAUUGAUCCUAUCUUCGCGGAAAACGAGAAAUACCUCAUCAUCACUUACAACACAUCCUUGCAAAUUUACUCUGUGGCCGAGUCCCUCCUGAUCCGAAGAAUUGUCCUGCCAGUGGUCCAAAACACAUACGCCGAGAAGUCUUCCGCUCCCACGAUUGUGGCUACGCGUCAAUCGCAAGUCAAGCCCGACUUCCUCUGGGUCGCCUGCUCCGACGGCCGGGUCUGGCGCGUCAACUGGAAGAAGGGCACCGCGGUGUACAACGAGUUCCGGACGCAGUCGCAAACGGCGCUGGAUAUGUCAGUGGUGGCUAUCGACGGAUCCAACAACAAGACCGAGGUCAUUUACGUAUCUGAGGCGAAGAAGCAGUCGAGAGGUGAGAUCGUGGCGUACUUCGGCCCCGACUUCACGCAGCCGACUUCCGAGGUCCUCUUUACGACGAAGCAGGUCGACCAAGGAAUCCAUCUACUGCGCUCGAGCGCCGACGGCAAGAUCAUUGUCGGGGCUACGAGGGAGGGUCUGGUUGUCGGGACUGUGGCGCCUGAAAUCACCCAGACCGACGUAGGGCUCGAAUGCGAGUUCUUCACCUUCGAUACGGCCGACAUUGUCUGCUCUCUCGACAUCCGUGUCACGAACAACAAGGACGGUUCAGUCCUGGACCUCAUCUCUGGUGGUGCCCGAGGUGCCAUCUACUUCUACAAUGACAUUCUCAGAAAGCUGCAGAACAUCAACGCGCCAAAGUCGAAGAAGGAUGGUCUGCAGGGCCGCAAAUACCACUGGCAUAGAAGGGCUGUGCACAGCUUGAAGUGGUCGAAGGACGGUCACUACAUGAUUUCUGGUGGUUCAGAAAACGUCCUCGUGCUCUGGCAGAUGGACACCGGCAAGAUGGAUCAUCUUCCCCAUCUGUCGGGAAGCAUUGAGAACAUUGUUGUGUCGCCCACGGGAGCGUCGUAUGCCCUUCACUUGGACGACAACUCCGCCAUGGUUCUCUCUACCUCUGAGAUGAAGCCUUCAACUUACAUCUCGGGCAUUCAAUCAGCCGCUCGAUUCACAUCAACGCCCAAAGACCUACUUGUCAAGCGUGUGUGGUCAAUGUCUGAUGAGGUGCGGCACCCGGUUCCUGCUGCUUUGAAUCCGGCAGAGCCAUCAAGACUUUAUGUUUGCACUGGAACGGGUCAGCAGGCGAUGCUGGCGGGUGAGCUGCAGUCGGCCCCUCUGCUGCAGUCGUUCGACAUGGAGUCAUUCCGCAGCAUCUCAAAGCAGGCUUUGGCAAGAACCCAGCCGACGGACUUCAACAUCACAUCAAAGGGAAGCCCGAUUUCGGAGCCCCGCAUCACCCACGUCGCAUUCUCUCACGACGGCCAAUGGCUGGUCACGGUCGACGACUGGCAACCACCUAAGCGCGACCUAGAGAAGGUCGCACCGGAAGCACGUGAGCAGUUUGUGAGAGAAAGGCGCGAGAUUUAUCUCAAGUUCUGGUCUGCUUCGGCCGGCGAAGAAAGCUUUGCUCUGUCAUCCAGAAUCAAUAACCCCCACGUCACAAGCCGACCGGAGACUGUCCUUGCCCUUGCAGCAGACCACACAGCAAACCGAUUUGCCACCCUUGGAGAUGACGGUAUGGCGCGGAUAUGGCAGUCAAGGACAAGACAGCAAGAUGGCCUCACCUCCAAGGAUGCUGCUGGCGAGGCUCUGCAUUCAUGGUCAUGCUCCCUGGCAGUGGGUCUUGGUAGCAACGUUGGUGCUGAUGCGCUUGCUAUUGCCGGAGAGACGACGAGCGAGCGCAGCGGCAGCCUGAGCUUCUCUGAGGACGGCUCGACACUGUUUGUCGCUUUUGGCAACUCGAACGAUGGCACUGUCUACGUGAUCGACACCAAAACGGGCGACAUUAGGUUAACACUCGAAAACCUGUGGAAGGGCCACAUUCGUCGCUUGCAGGUUCUUUCUCCUUACAUUAUCACCCUGUCAGACGACCUGAGAGUGUAUGAUGUAGUAGCCGAUGAGCUGCAAUACGGCAUCCAGCUCCCAAGCGGCCGCAACGCUGCCGCAGUGAAGGAAUUCAGCCACUUGGCAAUCGACCGUAAGUCGCGGACUUUUGCCGUAGUCGUGCCCGGCGGCCAGGCAUCCCAGCUCGCCGUUUUCAGGCCGGAGGAGCCCGAACUGCUGUGCGUGAGGCGCAUUCCCCACCGCAUUACCAGCCUCGUUUCCACCGGGAGCUCGUCCGGCUUCGUGGCGGUCGACGACGCCGCGCAGCUUUGGACCAUCGCCGAGGCCACAGACCCCGCCUCCGUAGUCCUCUCGAGACCGUUGGAGGACAUGCAGUUGGACGGCGAACCCGUCGCGACAGGCGCUAUCCUGGAUGAUGCCAUCGAGGACGAGGAUAUGGCCAGCGACAACGAACAAGAAGAGGAUGUCGCCACCGGGGAAGAGAUGGAUUUGGACGACGACGACGCUCAGCCAGCUGUCAUUAACAGGCAGAAGUUGGCAGAGCUGUUUGACGCUGCGCCGGCUUUCGCCAUGCCUUCUGUCGAGGACAUGUUCUACAAGGUUGCGGGAUUGUUGUCGACGAAGCCUUUGGGGUCAUGA